AUGGGACAGCUCCCUGCAGAAACUCCCCGGAUUCCUCAGCUCCGGAAUCAGUUCCCCCACAACCCCCUGCAGCUGGUUCGAGUGCAAAUCCAAAACUUUCAACUGCUGGAGGUUGCGAAUUCCAGCAGGAAACCAUCCAGAGAAAUUAUUGUUCGACAGAUUGAGAUAAUGCAGCGCCCAAAGAUCAAUCACCUGGAGAGACGACAUUACCCCGAGAGUCGGGACGAGCCGCCCGGUGAGCCAAUUCCCGGUGAGGGUCAGGUUCUGGAGGAACUUGAGCGGGAUGAGGGUGCUGAACUUCAGGUCCCCGGAAAGGGCGAGGCCGUCGAGGGCGACGGCGACCACGGCGGAGGUGGCGUCGUCGCAGACGACGCCGUAGAAGCCGCCGGGGCAGGCGGAGGCGUUGGAGGGGGGUACCCAGGAGGAGAAUACCCGGCCGGAGGGGUCGGAUUUGAUGCCCUUCCUGAACUCGAGGAGUGA